UUGAAACUGUUUGCUUCUAUUCCUGUUCAUGGGCUACUCCGAGGAAGUUCAAGGGAAAAGACUCCAUGAUCGUUUUAACAAGAAUAUGAUGAAGACUUUAGCGAGGUGUAUAUGGGUGCCGUGUCCGGUAAUCAUUGGUGCCGGCCCUUCAGGGCUUGCCAUUGCCGCUUGUCUCAAAGAAAAAGGUAUCCCUAGUUUGAUCCUUGAAAAGACUAAUUGCAUAGCUUCCAUGUGGAAGCUCAAAACCUACGAUCGCCUCCGUCUUCAUCUUCCCAAGCAAUUCUGUGAAUUACCCUUCAUGCCGUUCCCCGCUUAUUUCCCAACCUACCCAACCAAAAAUCAGUUUAUGGCUUACUUGGAGUCGUACAAGAACCGUUUCGGUUUAGACCCAGUUUUCAACAAAACCGUAGUGAGUGCAGAGUUCGACGACCGAUGUGGGUAUUGGAGGAUUAAGACAGUGGGGCUGAAACUAGAGGAAACCGAGUAUGUAUCUCAGUGGCUCAUUGUUGCUACCGGAGAGAAUGCUGAUGAAGUGGUGCCGCAAAUUAAAGGGAUGGAUGAUUUUGGUGGACCUAUCAUGCACACAAGUUCGUACAAAAGUGGCCGAUUGUUUCGUGGAAAGGAUGUUUUGGUAGUUGGUUGUGGUAAUUCAGGCAUGGAGGUCUCUUUGGAUCUCUGCAACUCUAAUGCCCGCCCAUCCCUCGUCGUUAGGGACUCGGUGCACGUCCUUCCUCAAGAAAUGCUAGGCAAAUCAACUUUUGGUUUAUCCAUGUGGUUGCUCAAAUGGUUCCCGGUAAGACUCGUGGACCGGUUUUUACUUAUGGUGUCUCGCUUCAUUCUGGGAGACACCGGAAAACUCGGCAUCCGUCGUCCCAAACUUGGCCCUCUUGAGCUCAAGAGCCGAUGCGGCAAGACACCGGUUUUGGAUGUUGGGACACUGGCAAAGAUCAAGAAUGGGGACAUCAAGGUGUUUCCGGGGAUAAAGCGAAUAACACGGCGUGCCGUGGAGUUUGUAGAUGGGAGAAGGGAGGAUUUUGAUGCCAUCAUCCUUGCAACAGGCUACAAAAGCAAUGUACCACAAUGGUUGAAGGAGGGAGAUUUGUUUUCAGAGGAAGAUGGAAUGCCUCGGGAGGCAUUCCCAAGAGGGUGGAAAGGUGAACGUGGGCUGUACGCUGUAGGGUUUACAAAGCGUGGUCUGCUUGGUGCCUCCUUCGAUGCCAAAUUGAUCGCUCAAGAUAUCGAGCUUCAAUGGAAACCCGAAACCGCAAGCUUAUUGCCAUAUUAUAUUCAGCCUCCCACUCCUUAA